AACGCAGUGUUGCUCACGUGACCUUCUUACUUAACCAGCUGCAUGUGAGAGCCGAGCCGCUCAUCCUCUGCAGCCCGAGAGGAGAGACAGAAGACUCUGUGACUUAUCCGCUGACCCAAAGCAGCAUGGAGCUUUCACUGGCUCCCCCGGCGAUUAAAGCCUUCGUGUGUGGCUCUCUGAGCGGGACCUGCUCCACUCUGCUGUUCCAGCCUCUGGACUUGGUGAAGACUCGUCUGCAGACUCUGCAGGGCAGCAUGCAGCCCGGCUCACGCAGGGUGGGGAUGGUGUCCGUGCUCCUCAGUGUGGUGCGGACCGAGAGGCUGCUGGGACUGUGGAAGGGAGUUUCUCCGUCUUUUGCUCGCACCAUCCCGGGUGUGGGGAUCUACUUCAGCACCUACUACUCCCUAAAGCAGCACUUCCUCCAGGAUGGCCGGCCGAGUGCUGUGCAGGCUGUGCUGCUGGGAGGCGGGGCUCGGACGGUGGCGGGCAUCGUGAUGCUGCCGAUUACGGUGAUCAAGACGCGCUUCGAGUGUGGCAGGUACAGGUACGCGAGUGUGUGUGGGGCGCUACGCAGUGUGUGUCGAACUGAAGGUCCCGCAGCGCUGUUCUCCGGCCUGAUGGCCACCCUGCUCAGAGACGUUCCCUUCUCUGGCGUCUACGUGAUGUUUUACAGCCAGGCUAAGGCCGCUUUGCCACCAGAGAUCAGCGCCUCCGCCUCGGCUCCCCUGGCUAACUUCAGCUGUGGGAUCCUGGCUGGCGUGCUGGCCUCUCUGAUCACUCAGCCUGCUGACGUCAUCAAAACACACGUCCAAGUGAAUCCCCAGCUGAGGACGGCAGAGGCCGUCAGAAACGUCUACGUGGAGCACGGACUGCAGGGCUUCUUCAGCGGAGCGGUUCCUCGCUCUCUCAGGAGGACCAUGAUGGCAGCCAUGGCGUGGACCGUGUACGAGCAGAUGAUGACUCGCAUUGGACUCAAAUCCUGAAGGAUGGGGGUGAUGGGAAUCCUGGGAAAGAAAGAAGAGAUGAAGAGAACUUCAGAGCGAGGGCUGCACAGAAAGGUGGACACGGUCUGAAGAGUGGAAGGCUCUCGGUAACUGAGAAGGAGUCACCGUAGGAGAUGGCGAGCUCAGGAAGCACACGCCUGGCGACGCGUCUUCGCGGACGUCGAGGGAUCUGAUCUUUGAUGUUAAAAUGUUCAUGCAGGUUGUUCUAGAUUGCUGAUUCGUGCAACAGCCGGAGACUUCUCCCCAAACAUUUCCCUGCUGUGAGUCGUUAUCUUUCAGGACGGCGUCCCAGAUGACGCUCAGACAUCUGCUCUUUACCCUCGGCAGCGGUCCGAAGCCCCGACUCACACAGAGCAGUAACUUGAGAUUACGCGAGUGAUAUUUAUGUUAAAAGUGUGUUUUGUGUGACAUUGUUGGUGUUUAACAAUAAAUGAUGCCAAACGUGUGA